UCCCCCUCCUGGUCCAUCUGCUCCCUUUCAUACCUCAUACCUUCUGCCCUCGGUCGCACAUCAGCCCUCUCGUACUCUCGUCCUGUCGUCCCUGCGUCGCCCGCCUGGGCCCUAGUAGCCGAAGCUUACUCACAAACUAAAGGCACCAAGCCCCGCCUGCUUCGCCCCAGAUCCUCCGCGCCGUCCGUCCUGCCGUCCCUUCUUCACACAUGAAAGCAUAGAAAGCCUCGUCUCUUCUCCCAUCAAAUCCCCGCGUUCCCCCCCUCGUUCAUUUCCCCUCGCGGCUGGCUUCCGUUCCCUACUGACACUACCACACCUCGACUUUGACCUUCGCUAGAACCAACCACACCACUAAGACGAAGAUCCUCCCCAAGCGACAGCGAUCAUGGAGCAGGACUCAAUCACCGCCGUCGCCCAUGCCAUCCCCGGCGACGUCACCCCGACGAACCCGCACACUCCCACCAUAAAGCUAAAGGGCCGCCAGAGGCUGCUGAAAGGCUUCCAGCGCAUGUCGUCGUCGCCGUCGCUGGCCAAGGCGGGCAGGACGACGGGCUCCGGCUACCGCACCGGCGGGAAAGCCUCCAUCUCGUGCGUGUCGCUGUCGUCGGGCGGCUCGCCCUACGUCUACUCGUACGGCAGCUCGUGGUCCUCGGAGCUGUCCAACGGCUACUCGACGGCGCCCACGUCGGCCAUGAGCACCCCCGGGGCAGACACCCCCUUCUUCGACCCCAAGGCCCGCAUUCGCCUGCUCGAGGGCAAUGUGCCGACGCCGACGUCAUGCCCGUUGCCCUCGGAGCUGCGGCCCUCCGCGUCGCGCCCCGGCCUCGAUGACGACUAUUUUUCGCGGCCCGUCCGGGCCAAGAAGCCGGUGCAGCGCCGGCCCAACUUCAACUUCUGGGCCGACAUGCCCGCCGAGCUGCGCACAGAGGUGCUGAGCUACCUGCGGCCCAAGGAGCUGGUGCGCUGCUCGGCCGUCUCCAAGCAGUGGCACCGCAUGUGCUUUGACGGGCAGCUGUGGGCCAACCUCGACACAUCGCUGUACUACAAGGACAUUCCGGCCGAGGCGCUGGUGAACAUUAUUACCGCCGCCGGCCCGUUUGUGCGCGACCUGAACCUGCGAGGCUGCGUGCAGCUGCGCGACGCGUGGGGCUCCAAGGGGCUGGCCGAGGCGUGUCGCAACCUGGAGAACUUUUCGCUGCAAGGGUGCCGCAUCGACCGCAGCUCGAUCCAUUGUUUCCUGCUGCAGAACAGCCGGCUGGUGCACAUCAACCUGUCGGCGCUGGCCGGGGCGACCAACGCGGCCAUGAAGAUCAUCGCGCAGCACUGCCCCAAGGUCGAGCACCUGAACGUGUCGUGGUGCAACAACGUCGACACGCGCGGCCUGCGCCACGUCGUCGAGGGGUGUGCGCGGCUGAAGGACCUGCGCGCGGGCGAGGUGCGCGGCUGGGACGACGUCGACUUUAUGCGCGAGCUGUUCGAGCGCAACACGCUGGAGCGGCUGAUGCUGACGCACUGCGACAGCGUCAACGACGACUCGCUGGCGGCGCUGCUCGAGGGCGUCGACAGCGAAGUGGACAUAUUGACGGGGCGGGCCGUGGUGCCCCCGCGCCGGUUCAAACACCUCGACCUGACGCAGUGCCGCGGCCUGACGGACAAGGGCAUCGCGAAGCUGGCGCACCGCGUCCCGGAGCUGGAGGGCCUGCAGCUCUCAAAAUGCUCAACGCUGACGGACGAGGCGCUGACGGCGGUGCUGCCGACGCUGCCGCGCCUCACGCACCUGGACCUCGAGGAGCUGGACCAGCUGACGAACGCAUCCCUCGUCGCGCUGGCGGCCGCCCCGUCCAAGCCCGUCCUCGCCCAUCUGGGCAUCAGCUACUGCGAGCUGCUGGGCGACGCGGGCAUGCUGCCUGUCCUGAAGGCGUGCACGCACCUGCGCUCCCUCGACAUGGACAACACGCGCGUGUCGGACCUAGUGCUGGCCGAGGCAGCGGCGCUGGUGCGCACCCGCAACAAGGGCGCGCGUCCGCUGGCAGCGGGGGAGCGGCCCCGUGUCGGGCUGCGCGUCGUGGCGUACGACUGCGCCAACGUGACGUGGACGGGGGUGCGGGAGGUGCUGUCGCGGAACGUGGAAGCGUGUUCGUCGUCUUUGUCUUCAACUGCAAGCAGCGGCGGCGAAGUCAUCCAGCUCAAGUGCUUCUACAACUGGCAGCCCACGGUCGAGGAGCACACGCGGCGCGUGCUGCGCGGUGAUGGCGCCGCUGCGGCACGACUAGAGCGCAAAUGGGCGGAGUGGAUGAUGCUGAAUGAGGAGGUGGGCGCUGCGACUGGUGGGGGCGGGGGACAUGGUGGUCGCAGGCGCAGGCGUCGCGCUAGGGAGGCGCAGGCACUGCAUGCGGAUGAGGAGGGCGUGGAUGGGGGAACUGGUGCGGGGGGCGUGGGGAGGAGGAGGAGGGCGCGGAGUGGGCCGGGGGGUUGUGUGGUUAUGUAGGUGAUGCGUGUGGGGGCGUGGGAUGGGUGGGCGGGUGUUUGUGGGGUUUGCUUGGGUUUCUUGGGUUGGGUCUGGAUGGGUCACUACUGCUUACUUACAUUACUUACGUUAUGCUCGCACACAGGCAUGAGAGUUUUAGAUUCUGGCGGCUCUGGUUUGGUGCGUAGGUAUAUACAUGAAUGCUAUGCUAUGAUGAUGAUGCUUUUAUUCUUUCUCCCUCUCUCUCCUCUCUUUUCGUUCUUCUAUCUGGAUUGAGUAUACUACCUCGGCCU